UCGUUACCCGUGCUCUCUCUCUCUCUCUCUCCUCUCUCUCACUCUCUCUCUCUCUCUCUCAAUUCUAACCUCUUUCCCUCUCUCACAAGUCACAAACUCCCCAACUUGUCUCUGCACUGCUACUUUCGCCUUUGUAGCCUUUGCCUCUAGAUUUCAAACCACUGGUCCCUAAAAAAUCUUGUGAAAACCAUAGAGAUAGACAGAUAGAUAGAUACAGACAAGAGAUACAGAGAGAGUUGGGUGAAGCAACAAUGGUUGCCGGCAAGGUAAAACUUGCAAUGGGCCUGCAAAAAUCACCAGCAAAUCCUCCCAAACAACCAACGCAUUCCUCCCCGAAGCCGCCCCCACCCGGCCCACUCCCUUCCCCGACCUCGAGCGGUAAAACCCCGCAGAAAGGCGCCGUGUUCUCGCGCUCCUUCGGCGUCUACUUCCCACGCGCCUCCGCCCAGGUUCAGCCGCGCCCGCCCGACGUCGCGGAGCUCCUCCGCCUCGUUGAGGACCUCCGCGGCCGCGAGUCCCUCCUGAAGACGCAGCUCCUCGAGCACAAGCUCCUCAGGGAGUCCGCGGCCAUCGUGCCCGUCCUCGAGAAGGAGAUCGCCUCGAGGGACCAGCACAUUGACCGCAACGCCAGGAAGAUCGAGUGCUUGGAGGCCGAGAACGAGAGGCUGAGGCUGGAUUUAGAGACCGUCCACGUGAAGACUCUGGAGGAGAAGAGAGAGUACGAGAAGAAGAUGAAGGACAUGGAGACUGAGAUAAAAGAACUUAAUAAAACGAUUUUGAAUUUUAGAAGUAGUGCUAGUAGUAGUAGAAUCGAAUCGAAGAGAUUUGGAAACAAUGAGGAGGAUAUCGAUGAAUGCAACAACGAGUUAUCGGCUUCGCAGAGGUUUCAGGGACUGAUUGAUGCGUCUGUGAAAUCGAACCUGCUGAGGAGUUUGAAGAAAGGAGCGGUGAAAUCGUGCGAGAUUGGUGGAAAUUACGAUAACAGUCUCUUCCGGAGUAAUAGUAGUUGCAGUAGUGCUGGUAACGAGGCGGCUGUGGAGAUUGAACGGCCGAGACAUUCUCGGUCUAAUUCGGAAGAAAUUUCCUACGCUUGUGAGCCAGUCAUGAGAUCUCGGGCGCCCAGGGUUCCCAAACCGCCGCCCAAGCCCUCGUCAACGCCACCAACGCCGUCAUUGUCGUCGUCGUCGUCGUCUUCUUCAGAGUCGUCUUGUAACGGUUCACUCAGCGUUGUGGUGAACAGUUUAUUGACGGAACAAUUGAUGGUGGCGGCGGCGGCUCCACCGCCUCCUCCUCCCCCGCCACCGCCGCAGCUGGCUCUUCCUCCUUUGUCGAAGGCAGCGCCGGCUACAGCACCUCCGCCGCCACCCCCUCCGCCGCCGGCGAAGGGGGUGAAGGGUGUACCGGCGAAGGUGAGGAGAGUGCCGGAGGUGGUGGAGUUCUACCACUCGCUGAUGAGGCGGGAUACGCGGCGGGAGUCCGGCAACGGAGGCGGCGAAGCGGCGGCGGCGAACGCACGUGACAUGAUCGGGGAGAUCGAGAACCGGUCGGCUCACCUGCUGGCGAUUAAGAAUGAUGUAGAGACACAGGGCGAUUUCAUUAGGUUUCUGAUCAAAGAAGUGGAGAAUGCUGCAUUCACAGACAUUGAAGAUGUUGUCCCAUUUGUUAAGUGGCUCGAUGAUGAGCUCUCUUAUCUGGUUGACGAAAGGGCUGUUCUGAAACAUUUUGACUGGCCAGAGCAAAAGGCCGAUGCAUUACGGGAGGCAGCAUUUGGGUAUUGUGAUCUCAAGAAGCUUGUUUCCGAGGCAUCAUCGUUCCGUGACGGUCCUCGCCAGCCAUGUUCUUCUGCUCUCAAGAAAAUGCAGGCCUUAUUUGAGAAAUUAGAGCAUGGCGUUUACAAUCUCUCGCGAAUUAGAGAAUCGGCUGCGAAGCGAUACAAUGUAUUUCAUAUUCCAACAGAUUGGAUGCUUGAUACUGGAUAUGUUAGUCAGAUUAAGUUGGCGUCCGUUCAAUUAGCCAUGAAGUACAUGAGAAGAGUAUCAGCUGAACUUGAAGUAGUCGGUGGCGGGCCCGAAGAAGAAGAGCUUAUAGUUCAAGGUGUAAGGUUUGCCUUCCGAGUUCAUCAGUUUGCUGGAGGAUUUGAUGGGGAAACAAUGAAAGCAUUCCAAGAGUUGAGAGACAAAGCGAGAUCAUGUCAUAUACAAUGCCAAAACCAGCAACAACAGAAAUACGUAUGCAGGUCUGCACCUUGCUGAAUCUGUAGCGAACUCAGCUUCAGAAUUGCUACCAGCCUUUUGUUGUAAAGAUAGAAACAUCAUGUAUGUGAAAACGCAAUGGCAGCAGCCAUUUAGUAUUCAAAUUUAUUCAUAUUAAUUAAUUUGGCAUAUGAAUGCCUACCUUUCUUUA